UUAAGGAGCCGGAAGCACGGAAUGGGGACCAAGAUGGCGGACUUCGAAUCCCCUUCGAAGCUCUUAGGGGUCCUCCCGCAGCCUGAUGGGGUGGGAGGAGGUCGCUGCUCGGAGAUAUCCACUGAGCUCAUUCGCUCCCUGACGGAGCUGCAGGAGCUGGAAGCUGUGUACGAACGGCUCUGCGGCGAGGAGAAAGUGGUGGAAAGAGAGCUGGAUGCUCUUUUGGAACAGCAAAACACCAUUGAAAAUAAAAUGGUCACUCUCCACCGAAUGGGUCCCAACCUGCAGUUGAUUGAAGGAGAUGCAAAGCAGCUAGCUGGAAUGAUCACCUUUACCUGCAAUCUAGCCGAGAAUGUGUCUAGCAAAGUCCGUCAGCUUGACCUGGCCAAGAACCGCCUAUAUCAAGCCAUUCAGAGAGCUGAUGACAUCUUAGAUCUGAAGUUCUGCAUGGAUGGAGUUCAGACCGCUCUGAGGAAUGAAGAUUAUGAGCAGGCUGCAGCCCACAUUCAUCGCUAUUUGUGUCUGGACAAGUCAGUCAUUGAGCUCAGCCGACAAGGCAAAGAAGGGAGUAUGAUUGAUGCCAACCUGAAAUUGCUGCAAGAAGCUGAGCAACGUCUCAAAGCCAUUGUAACAGAGAAGUUUGCUAGCGCCACUGAGGAAGGCAAUCUACCCCAGGUCGAGCGCUUCUUCAAGAUCUUCCCGCUGCUGGGUUUGCAUGAGGAGGGAUUAAGCAGGUUCUCAGAAUACCUUUGCAAGCAGGUGGCCGGUAAAGCUGAGGAAAAUCUGUUGUUGGUUCUAGGGACAGACAUGAGUGACCGAAGAGCUGCAGUCAUCUUUGCAGAUACACUCACUCUCCUGUUUGAAGGGAUUGCCCGCAUUGUGGAGACCCACCAACCAAUAGUAGAGACCUAUUAUGGGCCAGGAAGACUUUAUACCCUGAUAAAAUACCUGCAAGUGGAAUGCGACAGACAGGUGGAGAAGGUGGUGGACAAGUUCAUCAAGCAGAGGGACUACCACCAGCAGUUCCGGCAUGUCCAGAACAACUUGAUGAGAAAUUCUGCAACAGAAAAAAUUGAACCCAGGGAACUGGACCCCAUCCUGACCGAGGUUACCCUGAUGAAUGCCCGUAGCGAGCUGUACUUACGCUUCCUCAGGAAGAGGAUCAGCUGUGACUUUGAAGUGGGAGACGCCAUGGCCUCAGAAGAAGUAAAGCAAGAGCACCAGAAGUGUCUAGACAAGCUCCUCAAUAACUGCCUGCUGAGCUGCACCAUGCAGGAGCUCAUUGGCUUCUACAUUACCAUGGAAGAGUACUUCAUGAGAGAGACUGUCAACAAGGCUGUGGCUCUGGACACCUGUGAGAAGGGACAGUUGACCUCAAGCAUGGUGGAUGAUGUCUUCUACAUUGUUAAGAAGUGCAUUGGGCGGGCUCUGUCCAGCUCCAGCAUCGACUGUCUCUGUGCCAUGAUCAACCUUGCCACCACAGAGUUGGAAUCUGACUUCAGGGACGUCCUGUGUAACAAGCUGCGGAUGGGCUUCCCAGCCACCACCUUGCAGGAUAUCCAGCGUGGAGUGACAAGUGCGGUGAACAUCAUGCACAGCAGCCUCCAGCAGGGCAAAUUUGACACGAAAGGCAUCGAGAGCACUGAUGAGGCCAAGCUGUCCUUCCUGGUGACUCUGAACAAUGUGGAAGUCUGCAGUGAAAACAUCUCCACUCUGAAGAAGACGCUGGAGAGUGACUGCACCAAGCUGUUCAACCAGGGCAUUGGAGGGGAGCAGGCCCAAGCCAAGUUUGACAGCUGCCUUUCUGAUUUGGCUGCCGUGUCCAGCAAAUUCCGAGACCUCUUGCAGGAAGGGCUGACAGAGCUGAACAGCACAGCCAUCAAGCCACAGGUGCAGCCUUGGAUCAACACCUUUCUCUCUGUCUCCCACAACAUCGAGGAGGAAGAAUUCAAUGACUAUGAGGCCAACGACCCUUGGGUACAGCAGUUCAUCCUUAACCUGGAGCAGCAAAUGGCAGAGUUCAAGGCUGGCCUGUCCCCAGUCAUCUACGACAGCCUGACCGGCCUCAUGACCAGCCUUGUUGCAGUCGAGUUGGAAAAAGUGGUGUUGAAAUCCACCUUCAACCGGCUGGGCGGUCUGCAGUUUGACAAGGAGCUGAGGUCACUUAUUGCCUACCUUACUACGGUUACCACCUGGACCAUCCGAGACAAGUUUGCCCGGCUCUCCCAGAUGGCCACAAUCCUUAAUCUGGAGCGGGUGACUGAAAUCCUAGACUACUGGGGUGCCAACUCUGGCCCAUUGACAUGGCGCCUCACCCCUGCUGAAGUACGCCAGGUGCUGGCUUUGCGCAUGGACUUCCGCAGCGAGGACAUCAAGAGGCUGCGCCUGUAGCUGCCACCAUCCUCUCACACUUUGGGGCCCCUCACGUGGCCUCAGCAGAGAAACUGAGCAAGGCUGACUGGUAUUGGAGAGCUCAGACAGCCCAGACUGCUCCACUGCUGGACUCACUCUACUCUCUGCCCUCAGACCUAGCUAGAUUGUGCUUUGGGGGCAUCUUUGCCUCAGCCAGCAUGCCCCUGGGCUCUUGAUCAGGUGGAAAGUUAAGGCAGGCCCUGUGUGGGUGUCAUUCUCGUGCUUGGACACUGCAGCAAACAGGCAGCUCCCUGCCAGCCUAGAAGAACAGGUGCAUCUGGGAACUAGGGAGUUAAGUUUAACUCCAAAGAGAGGAUGUAGUAUUUGUCAUCCCCCUAAAUAAAGACACUCCUUAGAGACAAGCCAGCAUGACAUACCCAGGGAAGGCUGGGUGCUCCAGGGCUAGACAGGGACCAGUUGCACCAAAAUGUGACGGCAGAAGCCACAGCCUGAGCCGUCUCCCACACCAGGGAGGCACAGGCUACCGCCCACAUGAGAGUCAGUACCUCAUCCAGUCCUGCACCCUCACCCCUCUUCUUGGACCCUCAGCACCAGAAGCUGGCUCAUCCCAGAGGCAGUUUCCUACAAUGCCAGGGUAAAUGGGAAGUGCUCUUGGCAAAAACAAAAAAAGAGCUUUAUAUACAGACAAACUUAAAGAGCAGAGUGGUUUAUUCAAAGAAGGCUAUAGUCCUGAGAAGCCACUGUCCUCAGGUACUGGGUCACUGGGCACAGUUUGUCGUGUUGCUGGUUAAGACCGGGGUUGGCAGCAAGCUGCUGCAGGACCUUACUGGCUCACUGCCUCCGACGUGGAUAUGAACCCCGCCCCCCAUGCUGCUCCUCUCCCCCAAGUCAGCCUGGGAGGGAGUGUAGAGCAUGAAGUCUCCACACUGACCUCAAAGGAAGGCCAUAGGAAAUGCCUCGGGACUCUUCAGGGUCAGCCUUACGAAGGGACCCCUGCCAUCUGCUAAAGCUGGUUGGCACUCCUUUCAUCCAGGGCCUCAUGGAGUGUAAGAGGCCAAGGAGCAAGCUGGGCCAUGGGCUGCAUGGGACACAGCCUGAGACUUCCUGUGUCCAGAUGAAGCAGAGGCCAAGCCUAGACCACUGUCAACCAGGAGGUCAUGCUUCUAUUUCCAAGCACUGUCUCUGUGUCGCCGAGCUCCAGAAAGCUCUGGGCCCAAACUCAGGUCAUCUUCCUUGGGGAGCAUAUUCACAGAAGUGGGCAGGGAGUAGGAGGCUGAAAGUUCCCACGGGGAAAAGAAAAGGUGCAAGUGUCACUCUGGGUUUUCUCCUCUUGCAGCAAAGAGACAUGCCUCUUAAAGGGGCAUCAGGUUGAGGUCUCACUCCCCAGCAGCUGCAGGCUCAGUCCCUGAGUGUCCACUUCCACCAGAUGGAUGCUGUAGUUCCCAAGGCCCUAGGACCGAAGGACAGAAGGUAUGGAGAGGGGACCCUGGGCUGCAGGGCCAGGGGAUUUGCAGCUAGAGCCCCUGGUCAGCUGUGGGCCACAGUGAAGGCUCCUGCCUCCCCACACCUACUACCAGACCCCAUCACUUUCAGGUACCUGAGUCUUGGCCAGCACAGCCUGCAGAGCCUCCUUUUGCCGUGGCUCCUUGGUCAACAGAUAGAGAAAGCCCCCGCCGCCUGCCCCUGCCAGGCUCUGGCCGUGCACAUGAGGGGCCAGGGCAUCCAUGAUACGCCGCACAGCCAAGGGCUCAGAGCCUGGGGCCAUGAGUUUCUUCUGUUCCCAGUACAAGGUCAGGCACUGGCCCAGCAGAGGUAGGUUUCCUGGGGUAAGCAAAGAGGGAAGGGGUGUCCCUGAGCCAGGAUAUUCACUCGCUGCCCACUUACAGGCUGACAUAGUGCCAGGGGCACAACUUGAGUCAUGUAAACCUGGGUGUGAUGCUGGCUGGAAAGCGGGUGGUAGUGCCCACCUCAUGGGGUUGUUUGAGGUUGUAUACUGAUGUACAUAGCAUAGCUGGCACAGUUCCCAGCUCUGUUCAAUAAAGUGUGGCCACAGCUCUGACUCCCCAAUGCCUAGCUAUGUGGCCAAGGCUCCUCUCCCAUCUGCUUCCUGUAGGUCAGGCAAGAGGAUGCAUGUGUUGUCCUGAGAGAUGGCUCCCACCUGAGUGGGACACCCUGGGGAGGACAGACACUAGGCUUCACUCAGGUGCCCUGACCUCUAUGGGACAAGCACCUCACCUUGGCGAAAGGCCUCAGCACAUUCAUCUGUGUGCCGCACCAGGCUGUGGGCAU